AUGGCGGGGCGCGGACGCGGGCACGCCGCGCUGUGGGUGAAGCUGUACGAGCUGGAGCUGCAGCUCAGGCUCAUGCGCGCCGCGCGCGGGGAGGCGGUGGUGGUCGAGGAGGACGGCGGCGACGACGAUGACGAUGUCGACGUGUCGCGCGCUGGCAGCGAGCCGUGGUGGAGCGUCGCCUUCGCCGCCGCCGCCGCGGAGACCGAUACGUGCCGCGGCAGGCAGUAUGACGCGUACAUGCGGCGGCGCGACGCCAGGCGUCACACGAUGGGUGGCGGCGUAGCAGCGGCGGCGGUGACGGAGCGGCGGGAGGAGGGUCAGACGGCACGGCCGCGGGGAGGAGCUGGAGCUGGAGCUCGAGCCGCCGCCGCCGCUACUGGCAGGCUGAGCCCGCUUGCUGUCAGCUGCGCCGCCGGUCGGGACAUGCAAGAGGUGAAGAGGUCGCCGGCCAUGUCCACUCCGACUACCCCAAGAAAGGAAACCGGGGGUCUGCCCAGGACGAGGACUGUGAACGGUGGCACGGCGAAGCCGUCGUCGCACCAGAGGCGGAGCAGCCUCGGGGCAGUGCCGUCCGACUUCGGCGAAAGCGUCACGCCACGGCCGUUUCUCAGGCGCGGCAGCGGCACGGGCGGCGCGACGACGACAACGACAACGCCGCGGCUGCGUGCGCCGCCGGCGAGAGUGCACGACCUCCAAGCGAACGACGUGGCCAUGGCCAGCCCGAGGCGGCCUCCUCCGCCACGAGACCAGCUCGCGCAGGCGGCGGCACGUCGCCGCCACCACUCCCGGUCCGUGUCGGAGCUUCCGCUCCACCACCACACGGCCACGGCGGCCCUGGACUCCCCGAGGUCGGCGGUGGAGCUGCCAUUGCCAUCGCCAUCGCCACGGCCAAGGAAGCAGUGGGGCAGCCCGGAGACGCCGCGGGAGAUCCUCACGGUCGCCUCCUCCGGCGGCGGCGACUCGCACAGGGACUUCGCCAAGGGGCUCAAGAAGCUGCUGAGCUUCGUGAGGAAGAGCAGCAGCAGCAGCAACAGCAAGAGCGGCGGCGACCAGCACCAUUCUUCCCCGGCGCGUCCUCCCAGAAAGGCGCCCGUGAUCAGCAGGGGGUGGCACGCCGCCGCCGCCGCGUCGCCGGUGACAGCUUAGCUAGCUUGCUCCCUUAUUGAUGGCAGCAGCCUGGAGCGGCAUGCACC